UGAAACUUUUCAUUCUUCGGAAACAGUUCAAAGGUCUCAUUGUGACGUCAAUACUAGCCCUCUUAUAAUCAUGGCUGCCAUAUUCGGUGGACUCAUUGUCGGCUCUGUCGUGACAAUAUGUUUAAAAGAUAAACAGAUCUGUAUUAUGUUGGGUCCAAUAUUUCAAUCACUGACAGAAGACGAGAGGAAAACCUGUAACAACAGUGGAAUCCCUGAAGCUUUAGACAAGGACCUUUCCGAUGAACACAUUCGAACAUCUCAGCAGCAAUUGAAGACAGUUUCUGUGUAUGAAGAUGUUCAUGAUGAAGAUGUUUAUAAUCACUUACGAGAGGAAACUGAGUCCAAACCAGAGAGAGAAGAAAGACAUUAUUCAACGAUGCAGGUUUUAUCUUGUCGUGAAGAAAACCCUGAAAAUGCCUUACUUAAUGAAAAUGCUAAAGAUGUUGAUGAAAUUUAAGAAGAUGCAAAUCAAACGAAACAGUUGCAGGCCAACGCUGGAGGACUGAGCUGUAACGAAAUAUCUCCCGAGUGCUCGUGUACAUAUUUUACUCUUGAAAGGAAGUUUUCUUAAAUUUUCAUUUUCAUAAGAUCGCAUUUUUUUAUGAGAAUUGUACUUUACUUCAUGAAGUCUACAGGCAGGAGAGUGUAAUAUACAA